AGGAACUCGAUCUCUUAUAUUAUAUUGAAGAAUUAAAGGAUUAAGUGCCGCAUCUAAGAAUAGACCCUGGCACAAGAUGCUAGCCGUUGGUAACACAUGUAAGCAGAUGAUUAUCUAACUACCUAACGUACAUGGAUGGUAUGUAUUCACUCUGAGACUGAGGCUCAACUAGUCAAGUCGAUAUAUCUAUAUAGUCUCUAGAGAUCCCGUUGACUAGGCGCAUUAAAACUAGUUAACUAUCUCAAGACCAAUUAGCGUUUACUAGCUUUCCUCUACCAUCUCACGCAGUAUAUAUACCCGCAUUUCAUUUCCUUUCCGUUGUACGAUGCUUAGCUGACAUCAGAGCCGCCGAAUGUGGUCGAAUGCUACGAUAUAUAAGACAAGAAGAUCAUCUCACUUCCAUUACAAGGCUAUAUCAACGAAUUAUAAACUGAGCAAGAUUAUAACAUAACAUUAAGAAUUUUAUCUGAUAUGACCAAGACGGCGACUUAUACGUAAGAUAGACCGUAAUUUAAUGUGACCUCUUUUUAUCGCAUAUUUAGGCUAGUUAGAUGCAAAAACGCUAUGCAUUUAUACCGAGCCCGAUCUCCAACCGAGACUACUAAAGAGUCAUUACGUCCGGAAUCGAGAAAUAAUGGCUUCAAACGAUGAUCAUAUCCUCACGCUGUCCUGCCCGGACAAGCCUGGCAUUGUCCACGCCGUUACUGGGCUCUUGGCAAACCACGGUCUCAACAUCCUAGACUUACAACAAUUCUCAGACCGGACGUCUCAGAAGUUUUUCAUGAGAGUCCGUUUUGGCCAUGCUGAGUCCACGACUAACUUAGAUGAGCCUAUGGCGAAGCUCGCGGCGGAAAUGGAGAUGGACCAGUACGACUUACGGUCGACGAGCCAGAAGCCUAGAGUCUUGAUCAUGGUGUCUAAAAUUGGACACUGCCUGAACGACCUGCUAUUCAGGGCCAAGUCAAACCAACUGGGCAUUGAGAUCCCCUUAAUAGUGUCUAACCACCCGGACUUCAAGCCUCUAGCUGAGAGCUACGGCAUUGCGUUCCACCAUCUUCCCGUAACCAAGGAGACGAAGCUAGAGCAAGAACGCCAGAUCCUAGACCUAAUUAAACAGGAAAACAUUGACCUGGUGGUGUUAGCGCGCUACAUGCAGGUCCUGAGUCCGGGGCUAUGUUCGGCGAUGAGCGGCAAGAUCAUCAAUAUCCACCACAGCUUCCUGCCGUCGUUCAAGGGGGCGAAGCCGUAUCACCAGGCCUACGAGCGCGGCGUCAAGAUCAUCGGUGCCACGGCGCACUUCGUCACGGCGGACCUGGACGAGGGCCCGAUCAUCGAGCAGAGAGUCGCGCGCGUCGACCACAGCAUGAGCCCCAAGGAGUUGGUCGAGGAGGGAAGCAAUGUCGAGAGCCAGGUCCUGGCUGCGGCUGUCAAGUGGUGGAGCGAGAAGCGCGUGUUCUUGAACGGGCAUAAGACUGUUGUAUUCAACUAGCGAUGAGCUCACAAAACGAUAAAAUGUUAC